CUCAGCUCCUUCAAGGACCCGCUUCAUCUUCAAUACUUCCUCCUUUGCAAUCGCCCAAUUCAAAGCAUACCCAAUCUCCUUAAUCCAGCACAAUGCCUUUCUGGGGAACGAAGUCCUCUCAACCUGCGGCGGAGAGCGACGCCAAAUCUACGCAUGACGCGACCGAUCCUAUCAACGAUCCCGUUGCGUCGGCCUCGCAGGCGGCUGGCACGGCGUGGCUCGCUGGCCAUCUCCACCACCUGACUGAUGACCAGGAGAAGAAGCUGGAAGAGUUCAAAAAACUGUGUGAGGAGAAGGGUUACUACAAGCCGGAACGGGAUGGAGAGAAGGCCAGCCAUGAUGAUGCGACGAUGCUGCGCUUCCUUCGCGCGCGCAAGUUCGACGUUGACGGCGCUUGGGGCCAAUUUAAGGACACCGAGGAUUGGCGCCGGGAUAAUGCCAUUGAGUCGCUCUACGAGAACAUUGAUGUGGACUCCUACGAUGCUGCCCGGCGAAUGUAUCCCCAAUGGACCGGUCGUCGAGACCGCCGAGGUAUUCCCGUCUACGUUUUUGAGAUCAAGCAUCUAAACAGCAAGAACAUGGCUGCAUACAACGAGACCAUGUCCUCUUCAACCACGGCCGAAACGCACCAGUCCUCCACGGUCCCGCAGCGCCUUCUGCGUCUGUUUGCUCUCUACGAGAACCUCCUCAACUUCGUCAUGCCUCUGUGCUCGAAGCUUCCUCGUCCUAACCCCGAAACUCCCAUUGUCACCUCUACCAACAUUGUGGAUGUUAGUGGCGUUGGGCUCAAGCAAUUCUGGAACCUGAAGGGGCACAUGCAGGAUGCUAGUGUUUUGGCUACUGCUCACUACCCGGAGACCUUGGACCGGAUCUUUAUUAUCGGUGCUCCUUCUUUCUUCCCUACAGUCUGGGGUUGGAUUAAGCGCUGGUUUGACCCUGGAACCACUUCGAAGAUCUUCAUCCUCUCCGCCGCCGAAGUAAAGCCCACCCUGACAGCCUUCAUGGACCCGUCCAGCAUCCCCAAGCAGUACGGUGGCGACUUGGACUGGCAGUGGGGCGACAUGCCUUAUCUCGACGAUGAGGCCCGCAAGGUCGUCGGCGCCCUGGAAACUCCUCCCGCCGAGGGAGAGACCAAGCCUGAUUUCAUCAAGGGCCCAGUUCUGUUCAAGGACGACCACGUCGAAGUCCUCGGAAAGGUGAACGGCGAGAGCCGCAAAUCCAACAUCCCUGUUGGCGCAACUCCUCCUGCUCAAUCAAACACCACCUCCCCAGUGCAGGUCGAAAAGCCCACUGAGCAGGAGCAGACCAGCGAGAACGAGAAAGUCCCCCUGCAAGAACCGGCUCCCGCAUCGGAAACUGAGACGCAAACAGUGACUGCAUAAGUCAUACGUUCCUAAUCUCUUCCUUCCACACUUUUCACUGGUUUUUACUUCCCUUUCUUCGUCGAAGGUACCACUAAUAGAACCCAACGCACGGCGCCAGCGGUUAUCUCAUUACCCUCUUCUCCCACAAGCUACACUACUGUUCUAGAUAAUAUACCACUUUCCUACCAUUGGUUUUCCUCUUCACAUAUUGUAUUGUCCUUUCCCGGGCUUGAACAAGCAUCAUCAUUGUCUUAUAUACUACUUUUCUUUUUCCAUAUUGUCAUUUGCAGGAUCUGUCAUAGGUGUGACUUGGGUGUGUGCG